AGUACAAAUUAAUGGUAACAGAAUUAAGUGGCACUAGAAAGGCAAAAACUGACAAAUUCUCCAUUCUUUUUUUUCGAAACUCUAGAAAUCAGAAACAAGAUUGUCCAGAAUUAGUCGGUUCGCAAUUUAGUAAGUCCAGAGAAGAGAGCGCAAAAAGUCACAAAUCGAUUUCCCACUGCUCUCGAUUUCCUUCUAUAAAUAAUUUUGAAAGCAUAACAAACAGUAGUUACAAUUUACAAACACCAACGUAAUAUAAAUUAAAGAUGCUCCACAGACUAUUCAUGAUUAUAGGCUUUGUGACGAUAUUACUAAUUUCAGUGUUUGGGAGUUAUAAUCCAGCAUUUGUUGCUGAGGAUAAUGUUGCAGCACCAAGUGACAUGUGCGCCACCUUUGUGACUAUUCAUGGUUAUAAAUGCCACGAAUAUGAGGUGAGUACUGAUGAUGGAUACAUACUGAGUGCGCAAAGAAUUCCUCAAGGGCGAGUAGGUGGUAGUAGCCGCAACAGGCAGCCAGUUCUAUUGCAACAUGGAAUACUGGUGGACGGAGCAACGUGGGUGAUGAAUUCAGCCGAACAAUCACUUGCAAUGAUUUUAGCAGAUAGUGGCUUUGAUGUUUGGAUUGCCAACACCAGAGGCACAAGAUACAGCCUUCGUCAUCGCAAUCUUCAUUCUUAUAAUUCCGACUACUGGAAUUGGUCUUGGGAUGAUCUUGUAGUCCAGGACUUACCCACUUUCGUUAACCUUGUCUAUAAACAAAGUGGACAGAAAACUCACUACGUUGGCCAUUCAUUGGGAACUUUGAUAGCUUUGGCAUCAUUUUCAGAAGGAAGACGAAUAGACAAGAUAAAAUCUGCAGCUUUGCUAAGCCCAAUUGCUUAUUUGAGCCAUAUGACUACUGCACUUGGUGUUGUUACUGCUAGAUCCUUUCUUGGCGAGAUCACUACAAUAUUUGGUCUUGCAGAAUUUAAUCCAACAAGUGCGCCUGUGUCUAUUUUUGUCAAGGCGUUGUGUGCUCAGCGUGGGAUUAAUUGUUAUGACUUCCUCACUGCACUUACCGGGAAGAAUUGUUGUCUAAAUGCCUCUACGGUCGAUUUAUUCUUGAAGAAUGAGCCUCAACCCACAUCGACUAAGAACUUUGUGCAUUUAGCUCAAACUGUCAGAGAUGGAAUCCUUAGGAAAUACGACUAUGGGAGCUUUAUCAGCAAUUUGGCACAUUAUGGUAGUGUUAAACCUCCACUGUAUAAUUUAGCAAAUAUUCCUCGAGACCUACCCCUGUUUCUGAGCUAUGGAGGCCAAGAUGCACUUUCUAGUACAAAAGAUGUGGAGACGUUACUGGAUCACCUCAAAAACCACGACGUGGGAAAGUUACAUGUUCAAUAUGUCAAGGAUUUUGCUCAUGCUGAUUUCAUACUAGGAACUACUGCUAAGGAUAUUGUCUUUAACCAGAUUAUAACCUUCUUUAGCAACCAACACUAAGCUAUAUUCAUGGAACUUUUUAUAUUGUACUAGGUCACUUUGCCGAGUUAUGAGAAUUUUUAAUAUAUCUUCUUUUUUCUAUCUC